AUGUCAACGACUCUCGCAACUCGAAAUACUCACUAUGCGCCUCAUGCGCGCAUUCCGUCCCGGCCUGUCGGCGGAGUGGUCAAGACGACCAAGGCCAAGCGCAGCGAACCGUCGCCGAAACCGAAACCGACAGCUCCUGGAGGAGAAAGGAGGAAAUACGAGCCGAAGACGGAGCGGAUAGACGUCGUCUUAGAGAGGAGACACGGCGUUCCCAAGCUCGUUACGGAGCACUCGCCAACGUCGUCGCCCGGUCCACUUACGCCGUCGACACCGCCUGCUGGCCCUGCGUCGAUCCGCUCGAAGCACAGCCGCUCUUCCUUGCGCCCGCCCACCGACCAGCACUCCUCCCGGACGACAAUCCACCGACCGCGGCCCGUCUAUGCCUACACGCCCGACGUCAAGCCGAAUCUUCAGACGCUCAACGACAAGGGUCGGGAUACAAGGGAUAUCGAGCCCGACACAAAGCCAGAUGUCAAGCCCGACGUUCAAGAGCCCGCUGACGAGCGGAUACGAGAUCUCAAGGGCCUGGAAGCGUACGGAGUCCGCUUCGUCCAGCGGACCGACGACGUGCGGGGGACACAGGUGCUGGCUCGCGACGCCGACUUUGCCGCCGAUGUCGCAUACCUGAGUAGGGCUUGCAGCCGCGUCUGCGAUGGAGUCCAUGUUAGAUUGCCAGUGGUUGGUGACGCUGUCUCGUGGCUUGACACUGUGUCUCCCACCAGUCACACAACACUCUCCGGUCAUCAUGGAAGGGCAGAAAAGAAGGGCAAUGAGGACACCACGCACAGACCUGCUGCCGAAACUGAGGCGGGAAUGGCAGAGGGUGAACUGUUGAAUUGUGAAACCGGUUCGAAAGUAGGGUUGCGCCACCGUGACUCGUCGUUGUGCCCUCAGACCACCAUCAUCCCUCUUCAGUUGUACAGAGCGUUUCCUCAUGAAACUGACAAGCAGCCAGCACCCGAUCGUAGCCCGUCUCUGCCGUCCAGCAGCGGAUUCACGAUGAAGCCGCAAAUUCUCGCACACGCCCAUCGGCUUCGUUUCGCUCUUGAGGACUGUCACGCCCGCCGGGUGCCGGAUACAACGCACAAGCUCGUGUUCGAGCUCCUCCGGCUGCUCUCUCCGCCCUGUGCAGUUGCCGAGAAAGCCAAGCUUCCUAAGGAAACGAAACGGGGCCGGAAAGCUUACCAGCUCGGUCUGCGCAAUGAUGAGGUCGAGAUAUUUGGCGACGCCCUCCUUCUCGCAGACUAUCUCUCUGGAGCGGACCUGUCGGGACCUGCGAUUGGUGAGCUACGAAAGUUCUUACGCGAACUGACUCCAGACCGGUGGAGCGACUGUCAGUUGCCAUACCUUUUCGCUGAGGUCGGGCAGGGUGAUGUCUGUACGGAGGAGGCGUGCGUACGGCUAACACAGCGUAUGCGUUCUGGCCUUGCAGCUUAUGCGGAUUUGUAUGGGCGUGCACAUGACCGCGCAGGCUACGGACACCGGCACCUAUACCGGUGCGAUGUGUCCCAAUCCGCCUACGGAUUGCUGGUGCUCGGACUGCGGUGGAGUGUGUGGGCUUUGGCAGAAGCCGAUGAGGGAGGACAGGUGAGCUUGGUUAAUUCCUUUGCCAGCUGA